AUGGCUGCGUUCGAAGUGGCGAUGGUCUUCGCCGUCCGCCCAUCGUACAGCCAAGGUCUUUCCAGCGGUCGUACCGGCACACAGUUCUUUGGAAUCUUCUUUUCGGUCCUCCUCGCCUUGGGUUUACUUCCCGAAUACUACGAGAUCUACAAACAUCGAGAAGUCAUUGGGAUUUCGAUUACCUUCAUGAUCAUUGACGCCCUCGGCGGUGUAUUUUCUGACCUGUCCUUGAUUUUUGCUUCCGGCAAGUUCGAUGUCAUUGCUGCCAUCGGCUAUACACUGGUCUUCGCCAUGGAUCUGGUCAUUAUUGUCGCUGCCCUCAUAUUGAAUCCUUUGGCUCGUCGUAAGAGAAAUAGAUACCCAAUGACGGACAGAAACUGUAACGAAUCGCAGGAUACAUCCCCCGUCUAA